UUGAAUUUGCGGUUAUGUUAUGUUCCCAGCAUGUCAUAAUUGGUUAUAACCUAUCGCGAUUUAAAUACCGUCGCGGCUGGCUCAUAAAAUUUGCGUAAUGGUAUUAUUGUCGUGACGUUACCAAGAUUCUCUGCGACAUGAGCUCCCAACAAAUAUUUCAGCUUUCUCAUAGACUCAGAGCAGUCUUUAGGCCACUGACAUCCAAAUUUAAUGAGAUUGGCAUUAAAAUUAGGAAUUAUGAGAUGCCUGAGAAAAUUAAGGGCACAUUUCUCGAACGCUGGGCGAAAUAUUGGCAUGGUCUGUAUAUAGAUUACAAGGACGUCGCAUUAGAUGUAGUCAAAGAUUGCACAGAGCGUCCUGUACAUGCUACAAUAUAUAUUACACUUCUAGGAAGCUGCUUUUACUCUAAUCGACACAAUCCAGAUGAAACUAUGUUCAGGGAACAAUUCAUACAAAAUAGUAUAAAGUUAAUACAAGUAGGAGAACCCAUACGCAAUCCUGUCUCUGUACAGCACAUAAAAUGGUUGGAACAGUGCUACAAUGAAGGAUUAAUCAGGAGGCUAAAUCUAGGAGUUUUGUCUCUGAUCUGGUUGGAUAAUUAUGACAAAAAUUAUUCCUCAUACAAGGCUGUCUGCCCUUACUUAAAACCACGAUAUGUAACUUUCUAUGAAAGAAUAAUGGAUGUAGGCUUUCUAGAAAAGUGGUGGAUAUUAGAUAGGAAGAUGAAAGACUAUGAUGUAAACGAGGCCGAAUUCUGUGUUGCAAAAACUGUAAACAGUACAGGUACUGUUUCAGCAACAUGUUAAACUUUGAUAGGAAACAAUUGUAUUAUUUAUGUAAAAA